AUGGUUCAGCACCCCUCGAAGCGCCCUCGCCCGAAUGUCGGCUCCGCUCUGCGACGCGGCCCGCCGGGUCCCGAUUUUGCAAAGGGCGUGAAGUACUGGGACGAGAUUGAUGCGACCGUCGACGGCAUGCUUGGCGGCUUCGGCACCGGCCUUGCCACCUUCCCCAACCCACUCACCCCGUCGCCGCCAUCCCAACGCCCGCCAUACCGCCUCACUGCCCUUGACGUCGGCGCUGGUAUUGGCCGUGUCACGUCCACCGUGCUGCUACCGCUGUUCGACGAUGUUGUGACUACGGAGCCGGUCCAGCACUUCGUCGAGGAGGCUGAGCGUGCUGCGUCUAGCGGAGAGUGGAGGGAGCUGCCGCGCCUGGUCGGCAAGGUGCGCGACCCUGACGAGCAGAAGGAGCGGGAACGCCGCAUCGCGGAGUGGAAUCGGGGUCGUGGCAAGCGCGUCUGGGUUGUCCGUGCGGGCCUGCAGAACCUCGACCCCGCCUACCCGACGCGAGGAGGAAACCAGAGCCUCGGCGUCAUCGGCGAGGCAAGGGAGGGCGACAAGGGUAACUUUGGUGAGGAAGGUAACAUCCAGUAUGAUGUUAUUUGGUGCCAGUGGUGCCUCGGUCACAUGGGCCACAACGAUCUCGUCUCCUUCUUGCGCCGUGCCAAGGCUGCGCUCCGACACCCCUCCGACAUGGCGGACGAUGAGCAGGCUGAGUACGGCAAGCCGAUCAUCGUCGUCAAGGAGAACUGCUGCGAGGACAGCCCUGAAGGCGGUCCGAAUGAGUUCCUCGACGAGGAGGACUCCAGUCUCACCAGGUACGUUCCAGCUGGUCGACGCCUCAACGCGAAGUUAACUAGCAGAUCUAACGGGAAGUGGCUCCAGGUGUUCGAGGAGGCCGGCCUGCGCGUCAUCAAGGAAGAAGUCCAGGAGGGACUCCCGCAGGAGCUCUUCACGGUCAAGACUUGGGCUCUGCAGUAG